AUGAUUGCUUUCUUCUGUGCAAUAAUAUUUAAUACACCAGUUGCAGGCCUUGGUGGGAUUAUCAGAUAUGUUGAAUUUACAACCCAGGUAGAGCUGAACUGUGGGUGUCUUUCUGAAGACGGCUUAAAUAAAUCAAAAAGAUGGUAUAAGAAUGGAUCCUUAAUUAAAAUAUCGAAAGACGAUUGGGGUCCACUUCUGGUAAAUAAUGAUAAAACAUUGCUGGUACAAAGUGUCCGAAACCUAAAGAAAAACAUCACGUAUGAAUGUAGGGUUGUUCAAGGAGAUGGAUCAGAAAAUCUUUGUAAAAGUUACACCGUAAAAGCCUUUCAUUGCAGACACCAUACAGAAACAAUUGAGCCCCAGAAUGUGACCAAUCUGGUUGUAGGCGACUCACCAGUGUUCACAUGUAAACACUACUUCGCUUGCGACAAAGUUAAUGAAGAUCAUUCAGUCUCCAUGAGAACCAAGGCUAAACACAUUGGGAACAUUUCAUGCACCAUCAGUGAUCAAAGAUUAACCCAUGAAUGCAAACUGCAAAUUCGAAAUAUAACAGAGGAGGAUUUUGGAAAAACUGUUCAGUGCGUUGUGAAUGACAGCGGAAUCAUUUUUGUACAUGAUGCAUUUCCAAUUAAAAGAGGUAAAAGACUUUUUUCAAGACAUUAA